AUGGGAGAAAGAACUCCUCGUCGUGGCAACAAUAUACUGUUUUCAGCCCAACAGCUUGAUCAUAACGCCAGCAAAGCUCGUCAUUUAAACAAGAGAGCAGGAAACCGCUUGCAAAUCCGUAAAGGUAGCUUGGAGGAACAGCAGUCCACACAACUGCAAUCGCUUGACUACGAGAUGCGACGCCUGAAACAUGAGUUGAGGGAGAUCACGCAAACCUCAGGUAAAUUAGAAAUGAGAGAUACAAUAAUCGAGCGGCCAAUACCGGGUAAAGUUGACAGCGAUAACAAUACAAGAAGAAAAAAGUCUAAAAGAGCAGCGUCUACAAGAAACAAUCUCGACGUCGACUCAAGGAAGGUUGGAAACUCUACCGGCGCAGCUUUGAACAAUGAUGAUGCGCAGGAUUCGCGACGUAAAAGUUUGUCGUUACCGACGCUACCUUCAAUGAGUACAGCCACUCCACAGCUUACUUCUCGGACUGAUUUUUCACGAGUGGAUGAGAACGAAAUCGACGAAUCAUUCACAUCACCGCGAGUUUUUUCUAAGCCAAGAGAAAAAAGAAGAAAACAUUCGCGCAGUAGAAAACUUAACCUCGAUGUGUCGCCCGCGGCACAAAACCUCGCAAACUCCACCGAUGGAGUAAUGGUAAACGUCUCUAUCACAAAUACAAACGGUGACACAGAACGACUGCGUCCCGUUUCGCCUCAAGGCUCGUCUAAACUCGAUUCUUCGCUCGUAAAUGUUAACCUCGUUGCAGUCAAAGACAGGAUUCAAACUAGACUUUCUCAACCGACUAUGAAUAAGGUGAACGACGGUGAAGAUGACGAUGAGCCUGAUUAUACACAGUACCUUCAUGUUCCCCCCGAUGGGUUACCUCGGACUGUUUACCUGCUACCGCCGUUAACAGAUCUUCUACAAGAGGCUAAAAAGGCCAGGUACAUACGAAGGCCUAGAAAACCUUUACAAGAACUGGAAGGGGAUGAUCCUGAUAGGGAAUUAGGCAUUGAUGAAAUAUUUAGCAAGAAAGGUUAG